AUGUCGAUUGUGACGCUCAACGUGUCGUGCUCGUCGGCCAACGUGCGCUCGGAGCGUCGGUUUGACAAGGGGUUGACCAUCAGCAAUGUCAAGUCCAAGUUGGAGCUGAUUGUUGGUGUGCCCACGGCCAGCAUGCAGCUGCACCUCUUGGACCAGCAGGGGCAGAAGAUUUGCAUCAUGAGUGACGACAACGCGAUGCUCGGCGCCUACCCGGUCGAAGACUAUCUCGAACUUCACGUGAAGAACGUCGACUCGACUGCGGCCGUUGGCGAGUUUGAUGACCUCUCCAAGGUCGAAAAGUACGAGCUCACGGAUGCAGAAUAUGCCUCUAAACGAGACACGGUGCUGGACUUUAAGCGUCGUAACCAGCUGGGCCGAUUCAAUCCCGAGGCUGCCAGGGCCGUAGGUGCAGCUCCCCAUGAUGCCACUCAACUUCCAUACACACCAAACAACUUUCAACUCCCAAUUGCUUGCUCAUACAAUGCUGCUCCGCAGGCCGAGGUUAAGCAACAGGAAGAAGAUGCCAAUGCCGCCGCCAUGGAUGUCGGCAGCCGGUGUCAAGUCACGCUCAAAUCGGCGGGCAAGCAACGUGGAACCGUUCGCUACGUCGAUGACGCAUUCACGUACAAAUGA